AUGUUAUUGGACGAUACUAAGGAUACCAUUUACAUACAUGAUCUGGACAGAGAACUAGAGGAUAUUAUAACAAAGGAUAAUUGUCUUGAGAUCCUUCCCGGAGUUGCUGAGCGGAUGUCAACUAUUCCGAAGUCAUUGGUCGCAAAUACUGCAAGCCCGUGCAACGAGUUGGUCCUCUACACCGAGCCUACAUCAUUAUCAAUCCCUAAGGAGGAGGAUAAUGUACGAAAAGCGCUGGUAGCUACACGGGAGCGCGCUAGGAGAACUCAACAUAAUUCUCAUACGCAAGGUCGGGACUGUACCAAAAGCUCAACCGCAAGCGCGACUACGAGUGGCCGCGGUACCUUAGAAGGACCUAUUGAUGUAUGUGGUGAGCCAAUGGAAAUUGAUGUUGAUUGCUGGGGCAGCAAUUCGUCUUGAAUCUCAAUGAAUGAUAAACAUAAAUUAUGAGUUUUUAAAUCAAGAAAAUUUAUAAGUUUAAAGAAUUACAAGCCCAA